AUGAAUCUUGUAAGGUUUAUGAACAACCGUGUUCCCCCUAACAAGAGAUACCAACCUACAGAUUAUGAGCAUGCUGCCAACUGUGCCACACACGCGUUAUGGAUAAUACCCAGUCUACUGGGUAGCACAGUCUUGCACUUUCAGUCGGAGGAUCAAUGGGAGCGGGUCUCCGCCUGGGUCUAUGGAGCAGGGCUCAGUUCACUUUUCAUCAUCUCCACCCUUUUCCACACUGUGGCUUGGAAGAAGAGCCACCUGCGAUCUGUGGAGCACUGUUUCCACAUGUGUGACAGGAUGGUGAUCUACUUCUUCAUCGCUGCCUCCUAUGCGCCUUGGUUGAACCUGCGAGAACUUGGUCCCUGGGCAAGCCACAUGCGCUGGUUAGUAUGGGUCAUGGCCUCUGUUGGAACCACCUACGUCUUCUUCUUUCAUGAGAGAUAUAAGAUCAUGGAGUUGAUCUGUUACUCAGUGAUGGGAGUCUUUCCUGCCUUGGUCAUUUUUUCAAUGCAAGAGCAAUCAGGUUUGUGUGAACUACUGGUAGGAGGGGCCUGCUACUGCCUUGGGAUGAUCUUCUUUAAAAGUGACGGCAUCGUCCCAUUCGCUCAUGCCAUUUGGCACCUGUUUGUGGCCAUGGGAGCAGCCAUACACUACUACGCCAUCUGGAAGUACCUUUAUGCCCAGCCACCAAAUCAGGUUAAGACCUCAAGAUGA